UCAUUACUUUCGUAUACUGUAUUAGCAUAUAUGAAUUACCUUCAUCUUCUUCACCAAACUCCUCUCAUUUGUUCUGAAAAUGAGUACCUCUGAUGAGCAGAAAAGAUCUCAUGUCCCGAAAUUCGGCGAUUGGAACAACAAGGGCGGCAAUGUACCAUACACCGCCGUUUUUGACAAGGCCCGCAAGGGUAAAUUGAAAGAUGGAGUGAAGAUCAUGAAUCCAAAUGAUCCGGAGGAAAAUCCAGAAGCUUUCACCACCAUCGACGAGAAAGAGAAAGUGAAAGAAGGGGCGGUGAAGAUCAAACUCCCUAUCGUUGCUGAAGAGAGUCGAGACUCCUCAGAAUCUGAAUCCAUUGCGCCACAGUUGUCAUAUAUUAGUCGUGCUAGUUUGAGUCACCGCCGCCGCAGGAGUGACGAAUCGGAGCUAUCUGUCUAUAGUGAAAAGAUGAGUUUCGAGCGUAAUAAUUCAUCACUUAUACUGCAGCAACGGAGACAACAACGGUUGCGGGAGAAAUCUGAGAAAAAGAAAAGUACGGAUUCAUCUUCAAAAAGAACUGGUUCAACUGAACAUCAUCGCAAACAUUCUAGUAUUACUGAUAUUGACAUGAUUCCAAUACCAAAAUUUGGGGAUUGGGAUGAGAGCGACCCAAAAGCUGGCGAAGAUUAUACAUACAAAUUCAACAAAGUGAAAGAUGAAAAGAAGAAUAUAUCUGAAAUGUUCUCAGCUGCUUUGUCGUCAGGACGAAACAAUGGUGUUAAUACCAAUAAUCAUGAAAAAUCUUUUUCCAUAUCGAAGAUUUGCUGCUUUCAUCUAUUUCCAAGAGGAAGGGCAUGAUUCGGGCAUGGCUUUGCUUCUGGC